GAGAUGUAUCAGUUUGGAGAGGAGGCCCCUGGAGGAGAAGCCCAUAGAAUUUGAGCUCUGUCAGUGGCGCUCUCUCUCUGCUUGUAUAGGAGGAGGGAGGGGGGAAGUGCUGAGGAAAUAAUUCAUGUUUUUUAUGCCAUUCGGAGGGAGUUUUGUGCAGCCGAUCGCUCGGGCACCGUUAUCAGGUGGGUCAUUCGGCAACUUUUAUCGCCCGUUUCCGCCCGACCCGUUCCACCUUGUGGCGAGUGCUGCCGCUGUGCGCGCGUGUUUUAUAAUGGGAUCCCGGAGCGCCGCCGAUUCUCCGCCUCUCAACUCCCCGUUAGGUGCCCGGCAAACCGCUCUCAUCGCCAUUACCAGUUCGCCAAUCCGUGAUUUCACUCGCUCCGAGCCAUCUUGUUCCCUGUAGGUUGCUCGCAACCCAGUUUCCGAGGAAAGCGCCAGAUAAAUGCCCGAAACGUUAAAUCCUGAGCCCAGAUUUGCCUGAGAGCCCCCAGGAUGGAUGGAUUUUAUGACCAGCAAGUGCCUUACGUGCUCCCCAAUAAUCAGAGUGGGGGAACCAGUCAUGAGCGAACAUCCAGCAGCAGGAAAAGAAAGUUUCUAAAUAGAGACCUGGCUCAUGAUUCAGAAGAACUCUUCCAAGACCUGAGUCAGUUACAAGAAACAUGGCUUGCAGAAGCUCAGGUGCCUGACAAUGAUGAACAGUUUGUACCAGAUUAUCAGGCUGAAAACUUGGCUUUUCAUUGUGUGCCAUUAAAAAUCAAGAAGGAACCACACAGCCCCAGCUCUGAACUGAACACUGCUUGCAGUCAAGAACAGCCAUUCAAGUUCAGCUAUGGGGAAAAGUGCCUGUACAAUGUCAGUGCCUAUGAUCAGAAACCACAAGUUGGAAUGAGGCCCUCAAACCCACCAACACCUUCAAGUACUCCUGUGUCCCCACUACAUCAUGCAUCACCCAACCCUACACAGACUCCAAAACCAGACCGGAUUUACCCAACGCAUAUUCCUCAAUCUCAACCCAUCUCUGAUAACGGCUAUUCCAUGGACCAUAGGUUUCGCCGACAGCUCUCCGAGCCGUGCAAUUCUUUCCCACCGCUGCCUGCAAUGCCAAGGGAAGGGCGCCCCAUGUAUCAGCGGCAGAUGUCUGAGCCAAGCAUUCAGUUUCCUCCACAAGGAUUUAAACAGGAGUACCAUGAUCCUGUUUAUGAACACAACAAUAUGGUUGGAAAUGCGCCCAACCAAGCCUACCCACCACCUCUUAUGAUUAAGCAGGAACCUAGAGAUUUUGCUUAUGACUCAGAAGUGCCUAGCUGCCAUUCCAUUUAUAUGAGGCAAGAAGCAUUCCUGGCUCACCCCAAUGGCACAGAAGGUUGCAUAUAUGAAAAGGGGCCUCGACAAUUCUUUGAUGACACUUGUGUUGUCCCUGAGAAAUUUGAAGGUGACAUUAAACAAGAGCCAGGCUUGUACCGAGAAGGACCUACAUAUCAGAGAAGAGGCUCUCUGCAGCUCUGGCAGUUCCUAGUAGCACUUCUUGAUGACCCAGCCAAUUCCCACUUUAUUGCAUGGACAGGAAGGGGCAUGGAGUUUAAACUCAUAGAGCCAGAGGAGGUGGCACGUCGCUGGGGUAUUCAGAAAAACAGGCCAGCUAUGAACUAUGAUAAACUAAGCCGUUCUCUGCGCUAUUAUUAUGAGAAGGGAAUAAUGCAAAAGGUCGCUGGAGAGAGAUAUGUCUACAAGUUUGUGUGUGACCCAGAAGCCCUCUUCUCCAUGGCCUUCCCAGACAAUCAGCGACCAUUGCUGAAGACCGACAUUGAGCGGCAUGUAAACGAAGAGGACACAGUACCACUGUCUCAUUUUGAUGAAAACAUGCCGUACAUGCAGGAUGGUGGCUAUUGUAAUACUCAUCCAUAUAAUGAAGGAUACGUGUACUAAAUGAUAGUGACUGAAAAUGAUCAAGAGCAUUUCACAUUUUCUUCUUUGCAAGACCCGAGAAAGCAGAAUAUUUUUUUUUUCCAAGUAGUUCAUAAAUGGGCUUUACCUGUUGCAUAUCUCCUAUGGUCUGCCAUGGACAGCGCACUUUAUUUGAGGGAAAGGGGAUUAAAAAUGUAAACUGUUAUGUAACAGGAUGAAAAAGAUGGCUACAUUAUUAUUGUGAGCUUGGGAAGGGAAAUUAAGUUUUAGGUACUUCAUUGCAAAGUCAUUUUGUCAAUUUUUUUCCCCUCUUUUAGGAGCUUAUUAUAUGUUGUACAUUUUUUUCUGGACAUAAAGGGUACAGUUAAUUUCUCUUGCCUGAGUAACUGCUUGAAAUGAAACAUGCUUUCCUUAUGCCUGGCUUUUCCUUUUUCAUCACCCAUUUUAGACAAAACACAAUUGAAAGAUUUGGAUUUUUUUUUUUUUUUUAGUUUUAAUUUAUUUUUGGAACUGUCCAAUCUCUGCAUUCAACAGAGCGGUUCCUACACCUGCGUCUGCACAGAUAACCCCACAACGCUGAGAUCAGUGUCUCUAUGAGUGUAGGUUUGGAGCAGUACAAUUCUAGUUCAAAGCAAGAAAAUCUUCCUCGUACACAUUGAGGAUAAGAAGCAAAUGGUGAUUGGAAGAGAAAGAUAUUUCCUUUCAUUACGCAUAAUGCAUAAACUUGUUAUCCAAUCAAUAGGAAUUAACUGUACUCUGUCGCAUAUCUUAUUAUGCUGUUGUAGAUACAGCAAGCACUCUUUGGAAAAAUAUCCAAUACACUAAAUAGGUACUUUAGUAAUUUUUAGACACAGUACCCAUUAAUAUGCAUUUACGCCUUUUACUGCUGUGUUAUGUUGAUAACAUAUAUAAAUACUAGAUGAUGCUUCUGCUGCUGUCUUUUCUGUACUAUCCUAUUUGAUGCUAUAUUUACUAAAGUCAUUAUAUGCAUUGCUGUAACUACAGGUAGCAUUUCAGGACAAAAUAGAUGACUAAUCAUUUAUUGCUUAUAAUAUAGCUUAGCUGCGCUGCAAUCCGCUUCUUCUUCUUGCAUCAACAAAUAGUAAGCCUCUGCUUGCUACGGGAAUCUCAGUGGGAUCUUUCUUUUUGUAACAUUUGGUGGAACAGAGGCUUAUUUACAAACUGUCAUAAUACAAUGAAGCCACUGUACAUCCUAGUAGUGCGGGCACUGAUCUAAUCAAUCAAACUGUUUGGACACUACAUGUAAUGUGAGCAAAUGUGUUUGGGAGACAAGUUCAAGGUUACAUUUCUGGAGUUUGCUUUUGUUUUAUUUUUAAGCGAGAGUCAUGUACAGAAAGAAAAUGUAUUGAAAUUUUAUGGGCACCUUUUAUAAUUUUUGUUUUGUUCGAGACCUGAUAUAUAUAUAUAAAAAAAAAAAAAGAAUUCAUACAACGGAAAUAUUGAUGCAGUCCUGUAUAAAACAGCUCUACUUUGCUGACUUGAUAAGAGAAUGUACAGCAUGUACAAAGGCUAAUUCUAAGAAUACACUUACAGUAUUGGGAUUUACAGCCUGCAUGUUGAUAUAUCUGGUGCAGGAUUUGGUGCAAAAACGUAACUACAUACAUAAUCAUUCAAUUAAAAAAAAAAAAAAUGUAUAUAAUGUUUUCAUGUAUUUCUAUACAAUUUGUAAUAUGCAAUAAUAGCAAGAACUAAAUACCCUUUAUGCGAAUUUCUUUUAUGGAUACAUGUAACUUAAUGUCACACGUUUAAUCUCCGCACUGCCAAAGUUUAAUCAGUAAACCUAUAAUGCUUUAUUUUAUUAUUUUUUUUAAUUUUGAGUAUGGAAGAGAAAAAAAAAACAUGCAAGUUAUUCCCAAAAUAUACACCAAUGAGAAAGUGAUGUAUGUAAAACUGCUGGGAUUGAGUACAAGAAAAGCAUGUCCUUUAAAAUCAUGGUUUGAAUACGGAGCAUUUUAUAUUUUUGUUGCCGUUAUUGUGAGCAGUUUAAAGAAAGCCACUUUUAACAGAUGUCUCACCUCCCCAUGGCUUGUUAUUUAGGCUAGAAGCUUCUUACCUUUUGUUGAUAUCUUGUAAAUCCUUUAAUUUGCAUGCCUCAGUGAGGUGAGAUUUCUGGCAGUGACCUUAGAUAUCACAUUCAGCCUAACACCUUGGCCCGAACUUAGCAUAUGAAAGGCAAUUGGAUUCAGUUUGGUUUAUGACAUUUGUCACGUCACAGAAAAUAUUGCAAAUAUUGUUUUCCCUAAUAAUGCGGAACAAAAAAAUUGUCCCAUAAAUAGCAACAUUUGUUCUUCUAAAUCCUUGAUGCUGCAUUGAACCUCCUGUAAUGGCAGCUUCCCUCACAUCAGAAUUGUUCAGCAUUUAUUAGCAAAAUGCAACCCAACCUGUUCAAUAUAAAGGUCAUUUUACAUAAGGCCAUGGUUUUUGGGAAAGUUCUGAAAUAUAUAUAAUAAACCACUUUUUUUUUUGUUUUGUUUCUAAAAUAGCUGAAGUAUAUCGCCAGUUUAUCCGCUGUCUCAUCUUUUAACCUAUUAAACGUUUUGGUAUUUUGAGGCA